AUAUAGUUUUUAAUUUUUCAUUUGUUUCCUUCAAAUAUACUUUCUCUUUUGACGAAUUAUGUUUCGCCAGUGAUUUUUCUAUGAGUAUAUUCCUCCACUGAUAUACUCCGUCGCUUUCCUUUUUGGUGAAUCCUAUGGAAUUUAGAUUUUUUUUUUUCUUUUUGUGAUUUGAGGAACUAAUUUUGGAGGCAACGAUUAUCCGUAUAGAUAUGCAGCUUCUAGUGCAUGACCUCUGUUUUCUUAGAGGUUUCCUUUUCCCCACCUUUUUUUGGUGAGUCCUAAGAAUUUCGGAUGGAAUUCUUGUGGACUUGAUGUGAUUAUACCUGCCGGGAUAUGUUGAGAGUAGCUUUUGUUGUUGCUGCUGGGGGGCUUUUUUCUUUUUGAAGUUCAGGUAGUUCAGAUGGAACUUGAUGGUGCAUCUGCAUGCUCGGUGAAGUUAUUGCAAGGGAUGAUUGCAUAUAAUUUUUUGUUUAUGGCAGUUGUAGGUGAUUUCGUUGCUAAGGAUUGAUCUAUUCACAACGUGCUGAUAGUUCGUCGAAAGAUUUGGAUGCGCAGCAUUGAUGCAUGAGGAGUUGAAGAGUAAUACCAUUAAAAUGGUGGAGCAGAGUAAGGUUCUCAAUACUCCUGGUGCUGAAAAACAGACAAAGCGAGAGUUGUUUGAUGCACUUCGACAAGAGCUUGAAACUCCUGUACUUGAGAAGGCUUCCAUAUCAGUUUGGGAGUUAAUCUUGGAUCAGAAUGGUUUGGGGAAGGAGAUCAGUGACACUGUUGAGAGAGUCUUUUGUCAACUGAGUGGCCGUGAACCUCCACUGCUUCCUAAAAUGAGCAGUGAAACCCAGCCAGAGAAAGAAAAGGAGGUUGCUCCCUCGACCUCGUCCAAGAAAAGAAGUUUUAACGACAUGAGCAAGGACGAUGCAGAUGGAGUUGCACAAGAAUCAGGCAAUGGACCGCUGGUGCCUGAGAAUAUUACUGCAGUGUCGUCACCCAAUCCCAGAAAAUAGGAUGUACUUUAUUAUCCAUUGAUCUGGCUAACUUGCUUCUUUCAUUAAACCACCAGGCACAAACUCAAAGAGUGCUCUUAAAGGAAGAAAUGUCAUGACACAAUUCUUCUAGAGAAGCAAUAACCCGACACUCGAGGCUUUCUUUUUCAGUGUUGUGUUAUGUAUAUUCAUUAGAGUUGUUAUUGUUAAGCCCUUGUUUGCUGUUCGCUAAUUAGGACAGUAUUGUAAGAUGACUCCAAUUUAUUUAUUUAUAUUUUCCAAUGAAUUAGUUGCACUGAUGUUGCUUGGAUCGA